GUCACUCCAUCAAUUCACUGCGCUCCAUCUUUAGAUUGUGUGUGUUUUUUUUUGUUUUUUUUUAACGAAUUGUUGAAACACUUGCGGCUGGCGCGUGGUGCGUUCACGUGUCUCAUCGCGGUGAACGAGGGGGUAGGGGGGGAGGAUGUCUGCAUCGCGGACAGAUGCCUUGUCGUGGGAGCCUUACGUGUCCCCGCUGCAGCACGGCGGGCAAUUUCGUUAUCCCGUUUCACUCAAAAUGUGCACGAGAAGAGCGCCGUGACGCUCUCCGAACCCGCUCGCGGGGUUUUGUUCGGCACCAUCGAGCGCGUCCGUUCCGUCAGUGAAAAAACACAGUGGGAGGAUAUUUAUUUAUCUUUUUUAUUUUUUCAACAGUAGCCUUCCUCCACGCUGUUUGGGAGUCAGAAGAGAUAUCUCCUGAUGCAUCGUCUCUUUUUGGACCUUACAGGUCUGCUGGAGUGAUGAUGGAGAGCCUUUUAUUCCACUUACACCAUCCGCGCUCCACGCAGCAAGGCAACCGGGUGAAGCUGGCAUGGACCUCUUUGUCUAAAUGAAGUGGUUCAGCCAUGCAAUGUUCCUGGAAGGCAGUGAUUCUACUGGCCUUGGCCUCCAUCGCCAUCCAGUACACGGCCAUCCGGACCCUCACCUCCAAGCCUUUCCAGCUGUGCCCUCUGCCCAGCCCCCAGAACUGCGGCCUCGGGGGCCAGGAGACCGAACCCCCCUUUGAGCGGGGAGCGGCGGGCGGCGGGGGCUGCGACGACUACCCUUACUUCUCCGUCAACGCCACUCGCAAAACGCACAUCCUGGUGCUGGCCACCACCCGGAGCGGCUCCUCCUUCGUCGGCCAGCUGCUCAACCAGCACCAGGAGGUGUUCUACCUGUUCGAGCCCCUCUACCACGUCCAGACCACGCUGAUCCCGCGCCUGUCGCACAGCCGCAACGCGGCCGACCGCCGCGUGAUGCUGGGCGCCAGCCGGGACCUCCUGCGCAGCCUGUACGGCUGCGACCUCUACUUCCUGGAGAGCUACAUCAAGCCGACGCCCGCCAACCACACCACGGACAAGCUGUUCCGGCGCGGCGCCAGCCGGGCGCUGUGCCAGCAGCCCGUGUGCGACGCCUUCGGCCCCGCCGACGUCAACGUCGAAGAGGGCGACUGCGUGAAGAAGUGCGCCGCCCUGAACAUGACCUCGGCGACGGAGGCCUGCCGCGAGAGGCGGCACGUGGCGAUCAAGAUCGUGCGGGUGCCGGAGAUCGGCGACCUGCGCGCCCUGGUGGAGGACCCGCGGCUGAACAUCAAAGUGAUCCAGCUGGUCAGGGACCCGCGCGGCAUCCUGUCGUCGCGGAUCGAGACCUUCAGGGACACCUACCGCCUGUGGCGCAUUUGGAGGGCCACGGGGCGGCGGCCCUACAACCUGGACUUGAGCCAGCUCACGGUCGUCUGCGAAGACUUCCUGAGCUCCGUCUCCACCGGCCUGGGCCACCCUUACUGGCUCAGAGGGAAAUACAUGUUGGUGCGCUACGAGGACCUGGCCAGGAAUCCGCUGCUCAAGACCAAGGAGAUGUACGACUAUCUGGGGCUGCCUUUGGAUAAAAACGUGGAAGAGUGGAUACACGCAAACACCCGGGGCAGCAGCGAGCCCUCGGCCAAACACAAGUUCGGCACCGUCAGGGACUCGGCGGCGAACGCCGAGAGUUGGCGCUUGAAACUUUCUUACGACAUGGUCGAGUACACACAGAGUGUUUGUCAAAAAGUACUUCACCAGCUGGGAUACAAGGCUGUGAAAUCAGUAGAGGAACUGAAAAACAUGUCGCUCUCACUGGUUCAGGACAAAGCUUUUGUACCAUUUUUGUAACAAAGAUAGUUCUCUAAUGACUAUUUUUGAUAUAUUUAUAAUUGUUGCCUUAUGAUUUUCUUUCGCGUCUGUUUUUUUUUUUUCCUGUACUUUUCUUUUUAUUGAAAUUUGCACUAAAGAAUUUGAAUGCACCGAGGGAACAGCGGACGAUCCCCCCCCCC